UUCUUUUUCACAUUUGGGCGUAAUCCCAAAACAUUACGAGGGUGAAAACCCAAAAAACCAAGAGAGCCUUAUCGCCAGUAUUUUUGUCAGGCAGAGAAGCAGCCACACACGCCCAAUUCCUCUGGUUGUCUAAAACAAAACAAAAUACUCUUCUCUCUCUCUCUCUCUCUCUCUCUCUCUCUCUCUCUCUUGUUUCUCUCUCUAACGUUAUAUUAUCCCCCACUCUCACAGCCACACACCCUCUUUCCCAUUUCCUUUUCACUCUCAAUUUCCAAUCUUGGUUGAGACUGGAGAGGUAAGUAACGAACUUCUUCUUUGAUUUGUAUUCUGGGCUCCUCUUUUUUCCUCUGAUUAUUGUUGGGGCAAUCCAAAUUUCACUGCUUUUGUUCAUUUCCUUUCUGAAUUUUGCUUAUUAUACUUCACAAUUCAAUUAUACAUGUGGGAAUUCUAGAUAGAGAGAGAGAGAGAGAAGAAGAAGAAGAUGAUUAUUAUCAUUACAGUUUAGAAGAUAUAGUUUUGGUUUCAUGGUAGUAUUAUUAGGAGGACAAGGAACGAUGGCUUCCAUGGCUUCCCUGGUGAGUUUGGGAAGUGUUAUGGUGGUGGGACCCUCUGAAAUCUCCUCUCGUUCACUUGUUAGGAGAGUUGCUUUGUCUAGAAGAACCUCCUUUAGGCCUAACAACAAGACAUGGCAUUGUGUCUCUGUUUCUGUCUGUAAAUAUUCCGUCACAACGACCGAUUUCGUUGCCUCCUCUGACCUAGGCAAUGCCAAUGCCGUUUCCCUUGAUUCUAACACCACCUUUAAUAAUAGACCAAGUAAUGAUUCUACGAAUGACCAAGCUGGUUUCGUACUCAAGCCUCCCCGGAAGCCGGUUUUGAAGCCCCCGGGCUCAAAGGAUGAACCCCUUUCAGGCAUGAGCUCGGCGGGUUGGGACUCGUCGGGAAUUCGUGGGGAUUCUGAUGAUGAGGAAGAGAGGAGUAAGGUGAUUGAGUCUCUCGGAGAGGUUUUGGAAAAGGCCGAAAAGCUUGAGAUUUCGACAUCGGGUGACUUGGCUAGUAUUAGAAAUGGCGGGUCUGUAAAUAAACCUGCAACUUCUACUUCAAGUUCUAAUUCUGGAAAUGCCGAGCCUUUGAACUCAACGACAAAUCGGAAAGCUAAAACAUUGAAGAGUGUCUGGCGUAAAGGGGAUAGUGUUGCUGUACGGAAAGUUGUGAAGGACCCAUCUAAUUCUAAGCCUGACAAAAGGGUCGAGAGAGAAGAACCUAAGUCUCAAACCCCCACUUCUUUAAGACCUCAUCCUCAGCCAUCGUUGAGACCACAACCAAAACUACAAGCAAAACCCUCUGUAGCGCCACCUCCGACAUUAAAGAAACCUGUUAUCUUGAAGGACGUGGGGGCUGCUCCAAAGUCACAAGGGACUGAUGAAUCAGUUAGAAAAAAAGAACGGAAGCCUAUUUUGAUCGACAAAUUUGCAUCCAAGAAACCAGUAGUGGAUCCUCUAAUAGAAGCUGUUUUAGCUCCUACAAAACCGGUAAAGAGCCCUCCACCUGGAAAAUUCAAAGAUGAGUACCGGAAGAAAAAUGUUCCAGCUGGGGGAUCAAGAAGACGGAUGGUUCGUGAUGAUGUUGAGAUUCCCGAUGAGGAUUCAUCAGAACUCAAUGUGUCGAUUCCUGGAGCAGCCAGGAAAGGGAGGAAGUGGAGUAAAGCGAGCAGGAAAGCUGCUCGACUCCAGGCUGCUAGAGAUGCUGCUCCUGUCAAAGUUGAAAUUCUAGAGGUUGGUGAAAAGGGUAUGCUGAUUGAGGAGUUAGCUUACGAUCUGGCCAUCAGCGAAGGUGAAAUUCUCGGAUAUUUGUACUCGAAGGGAAUUAAGCCUGACGGGGUUCAAACUCUGGACAGAGAUAUCGUGAAGAUGGUUUGCAAAGAGUAUGAUGUGGAAGUCAUAGAUGCUGACCCUGUAAAAGUGGAAGAGAUGGCAAGAAAGAAGGAAUUUCUUGAUGACGAAGACUUGGACAAGCUCGAAGACCGGCCUCCUGUCCUAACUAUUAUGGGUCAUGUGGAUCAUGGCAAGACAACCCUUUUGGAUUGCAUCCGGAAGAGCAAGGUAGCUUCCUCAGAAGCAGGUGGAAUUACACAAGGAAUUGGAGCAUAUAAGGUGCUGGUACCCAUUGAUGGCAAGUUGCAACCAUGCGUUUUCCUCGAUACUCCUGGUCACGAGGCGUUCGGAGCAAUGAGAGCUCGUGGAGCAAGGGUGACUGACAUUGCUAUCAUUGUAGUGGCUGCUGAUGACAGUAUUCGCCCUCAAACGAACGAGGCAAUAGCUCAUGCUAAAGCAGCUGGAGUACCAAUAGUCAUAGCUAUAAACAAGAUAGAUAGAGAGGGAGCUAAUCCGGAACGAGUCAUGCAAGAACUUUCUUCAAUUGGUCUGAUGCCGGAAGACUGGGGUGGAGAUAUCCCGAUGGUCCAGAUCAGUGCUCUUAAAGGAGAAAAUGUUAAUGAGCUCCUGGAAACUGUUAUGCUUGUUGCAGAGUUGCAAGAGUUGAAGGCUAAUCCUCAUAGAAGUGCAAAGGGCACGGUCAUUGAGGCGGGUCUUCAUAAAUCAAAAGGACCCGUAGUAACGCUUAUUGUCCAAAAUGGAACCCUCAAAAGAGGGGAUAUAGUAGUCUGUGGAGAAGCCUUUGGAAAGGUGCGGGCUUUAUUUGAUGAUGAUGGAAAUCGUGUCAAUGAAGCUGGACCAUCCAUACCUGUUCAGGUCAUUGGAUUGAAUAAUGUCCCUAUGUCUGGUGAUGAAUUUGAGGUUGUUGGAUCCCUUGAUAUAGCACGAGAAAAAGCAGAGUCUCGCGCGGAGUCAUUGUGGCAGGAGCGCAUAUCAGCUAAGGCAGGUGACGGGAAAGUCACUCUUUCUUCCUUAGCUUCUGCAGUUGCAGCAGGAAAGCUGUCUGGGUUAGAUUUGCAUCAGCUAAAUAUUAUCAUGAAGGUUGAUGUUCAGGGUUCGAUUGAGGCCGUGAGACAAGCCCUACAGACUUUGCCGCAAGAUAACGUCACCCUAAAGUUCCUUUUAGAAGCGACGGGUGAUGUAAGCUCCAGCGAUGUUGAUCUUGCGGUUGCUAGCAAAGCCAUUAUCUUGGGAUUUAAUAAUAAAGCACCAGGUUCUGUGAAAAGCUACGCAGAGAACAAAGGCGUUGAAAUUCGGCUAUAUAGAGUUAUCUAUGAGCUUAUUGAUGACGUGCGAAAUGCAAUGGAAGGACUCUUGGAGCCGGUCGAGGAACAAGUGAGCAUUGGUUCAGCUGAAGUCCGUGUUGUAUUCAGUAGCGGCAGUGGUCGUGUUGCUGGAUGCAUGGUAAUGGAGGGAAAAGUUGUUACGGGCUGCGGCAUCCGUGUCCUUCGAAAGGGCAAGGUAGUCCAUGUCGGUGUUCUCGAUUCUUUGAGACGGGUUAAGGAGAUCGUAAAAGAGGUAAGUACUGGACUUGAAUGUGGAAUUGGAGUGGAAGACUUCAAUGAUUGGGAGGAGGGAGACACUAUUGAGGCCUUCAACACAGUUGAAAAGAGGCGUACCCUUGAAGAGGCGUCAGCUUCGAUGGCAGCAGCAUUGGAGGGUGGAGUCGGGUUGUAGAAGGCGUGGCGUGCAAUUCUAAAUUUGAGGCUAAUGCGUCUUUCCCUGACGAAUAUGGAAUUUUGAUGUCGUCCGUCGAGGGAUGUAUCCUAUCAUUCUCCGAUCAAUGAUCUGACGGUGGUGUGCAUCCGAACAGCUCCCAAGGCGCAAUUUAUUUGGAGUGCGGUGGGGGGUGCUGAAAGGCUCUUCUAGCGUUGACAUGUAAUUGAAAUGACUAGUGUUGUAUGUUAUACUACGCUGUAUAUAAAUUUUUAUGAAUCUUACAAUUUCAACUUCUUUUGUAAAAAGAAGAUUCAUUUUUGUCAUAAUAUUAUUUGAUAUGAAACUGCAGAAAUCAAUUUUUUUUUUUUUUUGAAUGAGAUUAGCAAGAUUCGUCCUCAU